UUUGGCUCGUCGUAUGUUGACGAUCGUCUUUCUAACGCCCUAAAAUGCGUUGUGUUUGGCACACACUCUAUCUCCUUGCAUCUGUACAUGCGGUGAGGUCUUUGGAUUUCGAUGUGAAAAUGCCCGGCGAUUUCAUCCUGGGUGGACUGUUUCGAAUCCAGGGUGUCCAGACGGAUUGUCGAGCGAUGAGCACAGAAUCUAUGCAGUUGUAUGAAGCGGCCAGAUGGUUCUUCAGGCGCCUUAACGACAGACACUACAUUCCUGGCAAAACGUUGGGUUUCCAUGCAUUCAACACUAAAGGACAGCCCACACAGGCGGUGAACCAGACGCUGCGUAUGCUGAGAGUUUAUAACAACGAAUCAACCGACCAUCUAUAUGGUGUGCUUGGACCAGAAACUAGUGGUGAGACUGAAUCAGUUUCAAGUCUGUUGAGUUCUCUCCCGGAGGAUGAUCGUCUGCUGCAGAUCACCUACUCCGCCACCGCCGCCAUCCUCUCUGACAAGAGUAUCUACAAAAACCUGUACCGGGUCAUACAAACUGAUGAUGUGCAAGUAGAGGUUAUCGUUCAACUGAUGGUGUCCCUUCAAUGGAACUACAUAGCGAUCGUAUAUGAGAUGGACGUUUAUGGAGAAACAGGUGCUAAAGCAUUGAAAGAACGAGCAGAGAAACACAAAAUAUGUGUCCAGGUCUUCCUUGGAAUCGACGCAGAUGCUGGCACUGAGGACGUACGAAGACGAGUUAACGAGAUCCGCGAAAAGCUGGAACCAUCAGAAGGAAGCUCGGUGAUCGGUAUGGUGUUUAUGGGCCAGAGACACACUGCCAGGAACUUGUUAGACUUCCUUAAAAUAAAACUGCCAAAGUUUCAAAUAAUCUUCACAGAGUCCCUAUCGCUGAACAUUGAACAUGUAAAGAGUGACGUUUCGUUGUAUGCCCCUGCUAAGGGACUUCUGACAACCAGCCCACCUUAUGAAGAUGCUGAGAUGUUCCGAAAAUACUGGAGUGAACUCCACUGCAACCACACGUUGAGGACACAACAAAGAGAAAACAAUAACUGGCUUGAAACAUAUUUUCGAUGUAAUCCUUCUGAGCGAUGCGACGUCAACAACGAUGAUGUACCCUUAUCUGUACAUUACGUUCUUCUAGCUUCAGCAGCCUUCGCUAAAACUGUGAAGACGACGAGCGAAUUAUAUCCUGGUUUAAGACGCAGAGUGUUUGACAACAUCUCCAGCCUCACUGUUGAUGCCUCAGUUGACUUUCCAGAAGAGCUCCGGCCAUACAGCGAGAGAUAUAAUUUUAAAGAUGGGAAAAUACAUCAUAUCAACGACGGCAACAUCUCCACAUACAACGUGUACAACCUACAGAAGUGUAACAGUACGCAUGGCUUCUGUUUCCGCCAGGUUGGUACCUUCGUAAACAGAACUCUAGACGUGAAGAAAUCCAUCCUUAAAUAUUACAGCAACAACAUUGAAAUGAACGGGUUUGUGAAAGCACAGUGUAAACUGGGAUCAACGUGCAGUUCGUGUGUUUCAAACAAUAGCGUGGGACACAUUCUCCACCUGCCCGGGGACUUCUAUGUUGUUGGACUUGUUCCUGUGCAUAACAAAGGGGAAUCGCCUCAUAUCUGUGGUGAUUUACGAACCGGCCUGAGUGUUGACAUUGUGGAAUCAAUUGUGUAUGCAGUAAAGACAAUGAACGAGAAAAGGGGAAUAUUUAGAUCCAUUCUCGGAACCAAAACACUGGGACUUGUAAUGAUGGACACAUGUGCCACUCCGUACCUGACUUUUGAGAGGCUGAUUAAACUCAACAGUGGCAAGGUGCAGCUUGAUCCAUCCACUAAUAGUUCUCAAAUAACAAGAAACAUUAUAGGAUACGUUGGUCCGUAUAUGAGCUCCGUCAGCGUUCCCAUCUCUGCAAUCAUGAAAGAAAUGGACGAUCUCUACAUUUCGUAUUCCUCAACAUCUUCAACCCUAAGCAACAGGCAACGUUUCCCACAUUUCAUGAGAACUUGCUCCCCUGACUACAAGCAGGCUGCUGCCAUCAUGGAACUGGCUAGUAAAUUGGGAUCCAAAUAUGUCCAGAUCAUCCACACGGAUGAGGAAUACGGGAAGGCGGGAAAUAAGGCUCUCUUGGAGGCUGGUAAAAAACACAGGGUAUGUGUUGCUCAGUCACUUAGUGUGAAAAAUUCAGAAAAGAAAGAUGAUCAGUUAGGGCAUGUUUCUUCUUUAAGAAAGUACCCCCAAGCAAAAGUCAUCAUCAUAUUUGUUUUAUCCCACGUGACACCGGUGUUGAUGAGUGUUCUUGAUGAAACAAGCAAACCUGGAGAAUUUGCUUUUAUUGGUGGCGAGAACUGGUCAAAGAGAGAGGCAGUGUUGGCGAAUACCAAACAGGUGAUUGGUAGUUUGACACUGGCGCAGCUGCUUCCAAAGUAUGCCGACUAUGAAAACUACUUCAUGGAUAUUAAUGUCGAACAAUCUAAGAAUCCGUGGCUUCGUGAGUAUCUCGAAGCUAGAGCGAAAUGUCAUUAUCCAAUGAGUUUCAACAAACAACACACGACACAAUGUACACCUGACAUAAUUUCACGCCAUCUUCAAUCUGAUCUUUGGGUACCAUUUGCAAUCAAUGCAGCAUUUUCUCUGGUUCUAGGUUUUAACAAGUCAGUGUUUUCUUCCUGUGGAGAGUUUGUACUUUGUGACAAACUUAAAACUGUAAAUCUUAAGGAGAAUGUGAAGAACAUAACCUUAGACAUCUACAAUGCAGGCAGGAAUGUGCGUGUCUUCGACGAAAACGGCGAAGGAAGUGUGGGAUACACAAUAUUCCAGGUGAUAAAGGAAGAUAAUGAACUGUCAUACAAGAAGGUGGGACUUUCAUCAGCAGAAGGAAUUGACCUUGACAUACCUGCUUUUACCUUAGCAAAGGAUGGAGGAUUUGAAUCCCAGUGCGAGAAAGAAAUUGAGUGCAACAUUUGCAAUGAACAACUUCAUAUCACAGAAAACCCGUCGGACUGGCAAAUGAACAUCCCAUUAAUAUCAACUGUAAGUGGUUUGGUCGCAUGCAUCUUAAUUUUGACAUGUUGCAUUGUCAAGACACGUCGACGUGGAAAGGUGCUUAAAGAAGAUCACUACCUAUCCAUCAACCCGGAUAACCGACAACCUGGCUGUUCCUACCAGGGUCUGAGCACCACACAAUCCAGUGAUUAUCUCACAGCCAAACACGUGGAUGAAACUGAAAUGAAACCUUUUGACGAUGGGGCCAUUGAAACAAUGGAGAGGUUGGAACAUAUGUAGCUUGUGUCAUCCCUCCAUAUUGCUGUUUAACUCCGCAUUCAGCAAUAUACCAGCUAUAUAGUGGUGGCCUGUACA